AUGACGACAAUUCAAACCCAUACGGACGGACUCUGCGACACGUGCUCCAAAAUCAACAUUUACUCGUACUUCCGACAAGCGAUCCAUUGCAGAACAGGCAGACUUGGGUCAUUCGUAGCCCCAACUCAGGAUGCGGUUGCGCUGGGCGAUUUGGAAGACAUCUUGGACAAAAGCGUCGAGUGCAGCUUCUGCCGCAUCGUCAUUAAAGCGAUAUGCCACCGCCGCCACUACUCGGACAAAGAUCCCAAAGCUGUCCUCGCGUCAAGCCGAUCGACCGGGAAACCCAUGCAAUGUUGGAUGUACAGCUACCUUUUUGCAGAGUCGCCCGCCCAAGAUACCUUCCGCAUUGCUAUCUCCACACACAUGCCGCGAGGCCGUAUGCUGACCCCGCCUUCGGAGUGUCACGCUGGAGACAUUCAGCUGGUGGCAGAGGAUGGCAUCAGUGCUUGCGACAAUGCGAAGUUUCACGGCAGACGCGUCAACGAGCUUUUUGAUGUAGGCAUGGCGCGGAGCUGGCUUCGUCUGUGCGAGACGGCUCACGGAGAACGUUGCAGUGACCCUGACGGAGAGUGGAAAGAUGGGCCGGGAGAAGCUUCCAACCUUGGCGAUAUGCUUGUUAUCGACGUCGAAGAUCUUUGUCUUCGCGACUGUUCGCCCGGUACAAGGUACAUCACACUGAGUUACUGCUGGCCGUCAGUUCCGGGCUUGACGAACACGUCUGCGACGUUGGCGGAGCUCAGGGUGCCUGGGUGUCUGAAAGAAAAGUUCGGCAUGCUCCCGGGGACUAUCACCGAUGCCAUUCGUCUCGUGAAAGAAAUGGGCGAGAAGUACUUGUGGAUCGAUGCCCUGUGCAUCAUCCAAGACAGCGAGGAGCACAAGCAAAAACAAAUCAUGCGGAUGGACUCGAUAUAUGCCCAGUCGGUGCUUACCAUUGUAUCAGCCUAUCGCGUUCCUCCCGGCGAGUCAGAACCCUGCCGCGGAUUGCCUGGUAUCCGACAAAAGACUCGGAGCGCCGAACAGCAGAUUGAGAAGGUCCGGGAUCAUCACCUUGCAAUUCCAUUCGACACACUACUCAACACCGUCGGUCAGACGCGCUGGAACUCCCGAGCCUGGACUUUCCAAGAGUCCAUGCUCGCCAAACGCUGUCUCUACUUUACCGAUGACCAGGCGUACUUUCAAUGCGCCUCCUGUCUCUUCUGCGAGGAUUCCGUCGGCGAAGGCGCCAAACUCCAUACGAAAUUCUACCGCGGCACAAACCUAUGGAACAACAUCGGUCCCCAAGUCCUCAUCGACAACCACGGCGAAGCCUCAAAGCUGACUCGGCGCCCCUACCCAGACGACUCCCGAGCGACCCGCGCCUAUGAGGACCUCAUGGGCGACUACAGCAGCCGCGCGCUCUCCGACCCUCGCGACAUCCUCAACGCCUUCCAAGGCGUCCAAAACGUACUAAAGAGCUCCAUGCAAACGCGUUUCUGGUACGGACUCCCGGAGAGAUACCUGGACACGGCGCUGCUAUGGACAUGUCUCGGGGUCCCCCGGCGCCAAACCCACCCGCUCCACACCAGCGCGGACGGCAGCGAGGAGAUGCACGGCCCGACCUGGUCCUGGACCGGGUGGCGUUCCAGCGUCGAGUUCGGCAACUACUUCUACAUGACGUCGUGCACCAGCGAAGUGCCCUGGUUCGCCAUCAGCCGGCGCGGCGACCAGGCAGCCCUCCUCCUGCACGUCGCGUCCUUCUUCCACAGCAUCGAGCUCACGCCGGCGAACCGCCUCGUGCGGCCGCAGGUGCCGCCGCCGGACGACUUCCUCGACACGGUCGUGCCGCGCGAGACGGUGGAUUUUGCGUCCGAGAACUGGCGCUUCCCCCGCUACCUGGCCUGCCAGACGAUGCUGGCGACCUUCACCCUGAUCGCCAGCGAGGUGCGGCAUCUGGGGCGCAAGGGCAAGUUGUGGCGGUUCGGCAGCAACAUGGCCGUGUUCGACGGGCGGAGGCGCUGGGCGGGGUCCAUGAUGCUGGAUCGCGGGUGGGUCGCCGAGAACGUGGCGGGCAGGAGGGCGUUCGAGUUCAUUCUCCUGUCGCGGGGCGAGUUCAUGGGUUCGAUGGCGCACGCGGCGCAGUUCCAGCCCGUGUAUUUCGACGAGGCGAGGUUUGAGGUGAGGGCGUUUUGCUUGCUGAAUGUGAUGAUGGUUGAGCGGAGGGGCGAUGUGGCGAGGAGGCUGGGCGUGGCGAUCGUGCAUGAAGACGCUUGGGUGGAGGCGCAGCCGAGGCCGAUGUUUGUCAAGCUGGAAUGA